AUGGACCCGUCAACUCCCGAAUUCCGGCCGCGCGUGUGCUCAACCGAUUCUCAGCAGACGCCCAUGAGCGACGCCAAAUGGCGGACGACGUGUCGCACCUGCGGAGCCAAUUUCAAGUCGCGUAACCAGCUCAUGAGACACCUUUACAAAACCCACCCCCUGAAGCCCGGCAAGCUAAACGCGACUUCGCGAGAAGUACCGAAUUUCUCACUCCGGCCACAGUCAGCAGAGAAGCUCACCUCACCAAUAUUGAGGGCGACCGUCCCCAGAUCGGAGCAGUCACAGAUCCACCCUUUUAUUUUACUCCCUGAGGAUCAGAAGCUUGUGUUUGUCGCACGCGUCCUCUUUGCCAUGUUCACCAUGUGCAUGAGGCAGAUAGAGGAGGAGCGGGCGAGGCAGCAAAAUGAGCAGUGCCGGGGCGAGAGUCAGAACCGGGAACAGAGUGAAGACCACCAGAAGAGCCAGAACCGCACCCGAUUGUCCCCACAGGAUUUCAUACUGCCGCCGUCGGAAGACGCCGGAUCAGCCAUCCCAAUUGCAGAGGCGCAAUCGACGUCGCAGCCUGCCACCGGCCAUGGCCAUCAUUCCCGCGCAAUCGCGCCUGACCAGAUCUAUCAGGGCGGAGUGAAGGACGAUUCGGAGUCGGAGGACAGUGACGACGAGGAUGGCGGUGUGGCGCUCUCCGAGGUGGAAACUUGA